CCUUUGUUCGAACUUUGAACGUUCAUUACUCAGCCCACCCGUCUCCUCCGUACUUGAUCAUGGCUUUUGCACCAAAGCCUGGGUGUCCUAUGUGUGGGAUCGUGGCCACUGCAGCGGUUCAUCCCCCCGGCCAAUCCCGUUCACCCAAUUGUCCAGACGCGCCAGCAGAGCCAGAAAUACUCUGGAGAGACGAAAAUUUUACUGCAUACCGGGAGAAAGUUCAUCCAGUGUCUUCUAGUGGUCAUAUAAUCAUAGCAUUCAAUCUUCAUGUUCCAUCGAUAUACACCCUGUCUUCCAGUGACUUGCCCCUUCUUGUCAAUGUUAGGAACCUUGGCAGGAGGCUUUUGAGCUCGUCAUCACCGCGGCUCUCCGUUUUAUCAUCUGGUAAUAGCUCCGCACCCUCGGCACCUCUACAACAUACCGAAUCCCAGUUUCGGAUCGGCUUCAUUACACCACCUUUCAAGGAUAACAAAAUUCCUAUUACGGACCAUCUUCAUGCACACGCCUAUCUGGCCCCUGCCGAUCUGCUAGGGUGGUGGAGAGGUGUUGGAUACGGUCCUCUCGCUUGGUAUGCUAUUGAUGAUUUGAUUGCUGAGAUUCGGGAGUCGGUCUCUAACAAUCGCGUGAAAUCUGGUUACGAUAAUCGGAUAAAUGCCCCGAUAGACGCGGUUCCCGAGGCGGGCGCGCGGACUGGUGCAGCCAAUGGCGACGAAUAUACCGCUUCGAGUCUAGCCAUCCCUGACAUUGAAGAUGGCCUUGCAACCCCAAGCUCUUCUAAUACCUCCUUUACCUCCAGUUCCAGUGGUCAUAUACCCCAUUUACACGUAUGA